UUGACCCAGUUGUACCAAGAGCGAUGCACGGCCUGCCGUCGCGAUUCGCCCAGCGUCACACCCGACGAGAUUGCCGCCCUGCAACCGGAGACGCCGGACUGGGACCUGAUCGACGGGAACGAUGUUCCCAAGCUGGACCGCCUGUUUAAAUUCAGCAACUUCGCUGGGGCGCUGGACUUCACCAACCGCGUUGGCGAGCUGGCGGAAGGGGAAGGGCACCACCCGAAGCUGACCACCGAGUGGGGGCGCGUACGGGUAACGUGGUGGACCCACAAGAUCCGCAAUCUGCACCGCAACGAUUUCGUGAUGGCAGCAAAGACCGACGCCAUCUACUCCGAAAUGACCUCGUAA